AUGAAUGAAAUAAAGACUAUUGAAGGCAAGCUACUUGUCCUUGGUCCUUGUGAUACUUCAACUCCUAAAACCAAAACCACUACUUCGAUAGUUUGGCGUGACAAAGAAUUUUAUGUAAAGUGCUUUAAAGAUAUUAUCCUAGGGCCAAAGGUGAAGAUAGUGAAGAUGGUGUCCCUGAAAGUUUUUGAGUCCAUUGCUCAUCACUUUGUAAAG